CUUGUACCACGUGGCCCGGAAGUGAAGGGACCGAUGUGUUUCUGGAGUGCAGAAGUGCUUCGAUAACAUUCUGUUGGGUUCUGGAGGAUUUUCUGGUGGAGAAAAUGGAAACACUAAACAAACUGAAGCAGUUUGACGCUUAUCCCAAAACUCUGGAGGAUUUCCGGGUGAAGACGUGGGGAGGAGCGACCGUGACCAUCAUCAGUGGUGUCAUCAUGUUAAUCCUGUUUGUCUCAGAGCUGCAGUACUACCUGACUAAAGAGGUCCACCCUGAGCUGUACGUCGACACGUCGCGAGGAGACAAACUCAAAAUCAACAUCGACGUGAUUUUCCCUCACAUGCCCUGUGCCUAUCUCAGUAUAGAUGCGAUGGACGUGGCUGGUGAGCAGCAGCUGGAUGUCGAACACAACCUGUUUAAACAGCGGCUGGAUACAGAUCUCAAACCUGUCACCACUGAGGCAGAAAAACAUGAAAUGGGUGGAGCUGAUGAUGGGGAAACGUUCGACCCGAGCACACUGGACCCCAACAGAUGUGAGAGCUGCUACGGUGCUGAGACUGAAGACCUGAAGUGUUGUAACACCUGUGACGACGUUCGUGAAGCGUACCGGCGGCGCGGCUGGGCCUUUAAAAACGCUGAUACCAUCGAGCAAUGUAAGAGGGAAGGUUUCACGCAGAAGAUGAUGGAGCAGAAGAACGAGGGCUGUCAGGUUUAUGGUUUCCUGGAGGUCAAUAAGGUGGCAGGAAAUUUCCACUUUGCUCCAGGAAAAAGUUUCCAACAGUCCCACGUCCACGUGCACGCUGUGGAAAUACACGACCUGCAGAGCUUUGGAUUAGACAACAUUAACAUGACCCACCUGAUAAAACACCUGUCGUUUGGUAAAGAUUACCCCGGCAUCGUUAACCCUCUGGAUGGAGCAGACGUCACGGCGCCACAAGCAUCGAUGAUGUACCAGUAUUUUGUGAAAAUUGUUCCGACCAUCUACGUAAAAACAGACGGCGAGGUGGUAAAAACGAACCAGUUUUCCGUCACCAGGCAUGAGAAAGUUGCCAAUGGUUUAAUAGGAGAUCAGGGUCUGCCCGGCGUCUUUGUUCUGUAUGAGCUGUCACCCAUGAUGGUGAAAUUCACAGAAAAACACAGAUCAUUCACACACUUCCUGACAGGGGUUUGCGCCAUCAUUGGAGGCGUAUUUACAGUGGCAGGACUGAUCGACUCGCUCAUCUACCACUCGGCACAGGCCAUCCAGAAGAAGAUAGAGCUGGGCAAGGCGUCCUAACAGCGUCGCCCCCUGCUGGCAACGCAGACCGAGACGCUGAGAAACCAGAGGACAGAAACGGGCAGCGAGAAGGCGAGUUUGGGAGCAGGAGGAAGAACUUUGCCUUCUCUCCAUAGCUUUGACCUAAAAUAAACCGAGAGAGAAAUCAACAGAAGUUCCUCUGUGUCCCUGUUGUUGGAGAAAGUGGUGGAGCUCUUUGGAUUUUCCUCUCCACUCUUAGACUUGCUGGCAACAGGAGGGAGGACACAGACCUGGACUUCAGCUGUGGAGCAGAUGGGAGGACACCGUUCUCUGAAAGUUUGGAGCAGGGAGGAAAAGGAUGUCCUCCAUCCAUGCUUCAGCACUGGUCACUCAAUCACUACAUUCAGAAGUUUGGUAGAAGAUGUGAGGAGCAGCAGAGUCGAGGACUGAGUCACUUACCUCAUUUUACCUUGAUGAACAUUUUUAAAUAGAGAUAAUUUAAUCCAGCUUCUCUAAUCUAGACUAUGAUGAGUCUGGUCUGAUUUAAUCAAUAUUCUAUAUCUGCAGCAAAUCCCAUCAAAACAAACUGGCCUUGAAUAGUUCAACCUUUCAGUUAAGAUUGUUUUCCUCUGCAGCUCAGCAUUGAUCUGUUCUCUGCAGGAGCAUUAAGACACAUCAGAGACCCGCUUUAACGUCCGUCCUCCCUGUAGAACCAGAAGGUCUCCAUGUGGAUCUCCACAGGAUCUGUCAACAGGUCUUCAUCUGCUCAAAUCAGCACUAAAAUGCCCCCAUCUGUUUAUGUGGCAGCGUUUCUGGCCCACAUCAUGAUGCAGCCACCACCAUGCUUGACAGCUGGUCCAGUUGACUCAUGCAAACAUACUUGUUGUCCUUGUGACCAGACAGCUGAGUCUUUGUCUCAUUUGACCACCAAGCUUCUCUCCAGGAGACAUUUGGCAAGUCCAUGUGGACAGCUGCAGAGCCCAGUCCAGCAUGAGGUGGACCCAGGUGUUGAUAUAAGAGAAGGAGCUUCUUUCUUUCUUGGUCGGCACCUUCUCAGUCCCCGGUGAUGCUAAACUGACGUGACGUCCAUGUUCCAGUUUCCAGUUCAGGAUCUGCUCAAGCCUGGGUGGUCCCAGAGCUGUUCCUGGACAUCCGAACCAGCUUGUUUUCAUCUGAUGGGGACAGUUUGGGUCAGAGGAUUGAAACCCAGAUGCAGCUGGGUGUUUCAACAGAACAAUGAUCCUAAACACCCAUCAGAGCUGGUUUUGGAUAAAGCAGGCCAACAUUAAGCUUCUGGAGUGGCCCAGAUCUCGACUGUUUAUGGGCCGAUCAAAUCUGAGCUGACUUCCUAUGUUCUGGGAAACCUUCAGUCUAGGUGAGAAAACAUUAAAAGGACUAUUUGAGAUAUUUUUGGAUGAGGACCACCUUAGAUGGGGUUCUGUUUAAAGCUGCGGCACUUGGAGAACCAAACCUGGAUUGGAUUAUUCUGCCGUGAUUCCGGGUUUAUUUAAAGCCCAGUUCGUCAUUAGUGAAACUUUCACUUGUCUUUAGAGCUGAAUGUAACUCAAUGGAUAAAAAUCCAACUUUCAGCUCCUUCACCUGUAGCUGAGCACUGCUGGUCAGCUGGCUGAAACAUAUUUUGUUUACGCUUUCCGGCCCACGCUGGAUUUAACAUCUCUUCAGCUGCAGUCAUGAUGCCUCUCAGAGUUUCCUCAAAGCGUUGCUGCUUAGAACAGAAUCAAACAGAACCGGUUCCAACCCGCUGGAUGCAGAACCUCCUUCAUGUUUUAGCAACAGGAAAUCUGAUUU